AUGCACCACGUCGGGGCCUUGACCCCGUUUCAGAAAUGGGCCGCCUCUGCUUCCGACUCGCAGUUCAACGCCGUGGCGGGUGCGAUAGGCGGAUUCACGUCCGGGGUAGUCACUUGUCCCCUUGACGUCAUCAAGACAAAGCUUCAAGCCCAGGGCGUGUAUAGGGUGCUGCAGGAUGGACGACAUGUGGGACAACCGAGAAUGUACAAUGGCCUGGUUGGCACAGCCAGUGUUAUUUGGAGAGAGGAAGGUGUGAGGGGCAUGUAUCGUGGUUUGGGUCCUAUUGUUAUGGGAUACUUGCCCACAUGGGCUGUCUGGUUUACCGUUUACAACAAGAGUAAGGUCUGGAUGGGCCAAUAUUACGAAAACACACAUCUGAUCAACUUUUGGUCUUCCAUCAUUGCUGGUGCCAGUAGCACCAUUGUCACAAAUCCGAUUUGGGUCAUCAAAACCCGGCUCAUGUCACAGAGCCAUUCUCCAGCCAGAGACCAUGCGCAUUACAUGUAUCCGAAGCCUGCAAGUACCCCAACUUCCAGACCAGCACUGAAUCACCCAUGGCACUACCGGUCUACUCUUGAUGCCGCCAGGAAGAUGUACACGUCUGAAGGACUGGCAUCGUUCUAUUCUGGACUUACCCCUGCACUCCUCGGAUUGACUCACGUCGCUGUUCAAUUCCCCACAUACGAGUAUCUCAAGACGCAGUUUACCGGACAAGGGAUGGGAGAGGGUGCAGGAGAAGCACACUGGUUCGGCAUCCUAUCGGCAUCGGUGUUGUCCAAGAUUUUGGCUAGCAGUGCCACAUAUCCUCACGAGGUUAUCCGAACACGCCUUCAGACGCAACGACGACCAGUAGCCGGUGAACAAUUUCUACAGGGGCUUGGUAUUGCUUCCCCGAGUCCAGGCAAAGGCGCCACAGUCGAUAGCCGCAAGUACCGAGGCAUUGUGAUGACUUUCAGAACCAUUCUGCGAGAGGAAGGCUGGAGGGCAUUCUAUGCAGGGUUGGGCACCAACAUGAUGCGAGCCGUUCCCGCGGCUACCGUCACAAUGUUGACGUACGAGUACGUCAUGAGAUUUCUGCAUCGAGCAAAAGAGGAGGGCACGUCCAAAAUGCAGGGACAUCAAGAUCCAUCAUGA